GUCUUGUUAUCUCUAACGUGUGUGCCAGUAUGCAAGGUAAUAUGGAGGCUCUUUCCGGUUGAUGCUCUCACUCGUGUUCCGCUUUAUUUACGGGACACAAUACAUCUUAUCUCUGAUUCGCGUUACUAUACGCAUCCUUUAUCAUUAUAUUUGCUUGUCUGGAUUUCUGUUUCCCUUGCAGGUGUAUGAUAUUCGUUGUGCUCAAUGCACAUGUCGGCGCGUGAUUUACUUUCACCGCGUCGACCCUUGAUUGCUUACGCGGAUUUUAAUCGGAGUGCUGACAUGUUUGCUGUUGCUUUUGCUAGCUCGCUCACGGGAUCCUAGUUUCUUUGCUUUUCUUCGCUAUAGUUUACGGAUCAUCAUCCGUUUGGGAUAUUCAGGAGUUCACUCAAGUUGAAGAUGGACAUUUCCACUGAUACCGUCAAAGAAGCAAAGAGACAUACGCACACCUACAGUUUCUUCUGAGAGCCGUUGACCGCCUUAGAGGGUUUGAGUUCAUUGAUAACUGCUUUUUGUCUGAAGAGUUUCACUGAUAAUUAUGGGAACAUUCUGACUUUGUUAGAGACUGUGGUUGAGAUUCCUGCUUUGGAAACUUUGACGCAAUUCUAUGAUCCUGAAAUGAGGUGUUUCAAGUUCCAAGAUUACCAGUUGGCUCCGACAUUGGAAGAGUACUCCAUUAUUCUCAAUCUCAAGAUAAAAGAAGAAGUUCCAUUCAUCGACGUUCCAAAGGAAGUGAGCUUCAAGUCGAUUGCUGCUGCUCUUUAUUUGAGCAUAAAAGAAGUGUCUGAUAAUUGGAAAUCGAGUGGAGUCUCGGGGUUCUCUUUGAAGUUCUUGGUCAGAAAAGCCAAAGAGGAAUUUGAGAAAGAUAAUUGGAACGCAUACAAUGCAUUGCUUGCUGUGGCCAUUUACGGGAUUGUGAUGUUCCCGAAUGUUCCCAAUUUUGUGGACUCGGCUGCGAUACACAUCUUCAUGGGAAAGAAUCUUGUUCCUACAUUGUUGGCCGAUACUUAUUAUGCCGUUCAUUCCCGAUAUGAGAAAAGUGGUGGUGCUAUCACUUGUUGCCUUCAGUUGUUGUUCAUCUGGUUCCUCUCUUUGUUACCCAGCAAAGGACCUUUUGUGAAGACAAGGGAGACACUCAAAUGGACCCAAAGGAUUAUGUCACUCACUUCCUAUGAUAUCCAGUGGCAAAAGCACCGAAUUAAUGUUUCCGAGGUGAUAGUUGGAUGUGGCGAGUUCGAUAAUGUUCCUUUGGUUGGUACUAGAGGUUGCAUCAAUUACAAUCAUGUGGUAUCUCUGCGUCAGUUGGGGUAUACCUUGAAUGACAAGCCGGCGGAUUAUUUGGUAGCGGAGACGGUCUAUUUUGAGAAGGGGUCGGAUCCAGAAAAAUUGAAGAGAAUAAUUGUGGCUUGGAAGAAGGUCCGUAAGCAUUGUGGAGCUCAUUUAGGGAAGAAAGAAUCGCUUGCUUUGACGCCAUAUGUUAAGUGGAUUGAAAAGCGGGUCGGAAAAUUGUUGCUGCCAUAUGAUAGAGUUGCACCACUUCAAAAGCAACCUCCUUUGAUUCUAUCUGAAUUUGUGCCAACAGAACUUUACAAGAAUGCUUUGGUUACCAACUACCGGUUGCACGAAAGAGAACAAGAGACCAACUUGAAAUUCUUUGAAGAAAGAGAUGCAAAGAUGAGGUUGAUGCACCAGCUCAAGCAAGUCGAAGGUGCAAGCUCAAGUCAGGCAAGUGUCCAGAGGCGUCCUUAUGAGUUGCUAAAAAAAGAUUUGCGCUGUAAGCAACAGGAGUGUCUACAGUUACAAAGAUCAGAGAAUAGUCUCAAGAGACAGAAGCGGGAUUCAGAUAAACAGCUAGCGGAAGAGAAGGCCAAGUCAGCUCGACUUGAAGAAGAGCUCGCAAGACUCCGAGCCCAACGGUGAGGAGAUGGAGAAGCUCAUUCUGUUAUCAGGCGAUCAUAGUGCUAUUGUGGAGUAGAUUUGCUGUUUAUUCUUGAUGUUUGUCGCCCAUAUCCAGGAUUGUUUGAUGGGGUCGCAUUUUGAUAUUCUGGUUUUCUUUUGUAUGCCUUAUGAGCACAUUGUGACACGAUUAUGUGUUUUGUUUGUAUGAACUCAAAUUUGCAAUUAUGUUUGAAUGAAAUAUGCUCAGUUUGAUGAA